AUGGCCUACAGUUAUAAGACCAUGAUUAACCAGGAAAAGAAACGGUACUUAAUUAAGCCUCAGAAGAAGCAGCGGUGCUUAGUGGACACGUGUUGCCGAUCAUUAACUCCGCGUCCCUUUCUCUCUCUCUCUCUCUCAAGAAACGUAAGUGUACUCGUCAUCUUUGCUCGGAGAGGGAUUUCUCUCGCGGAAAUCGACGCUGAGAUUGAGAUCGCGGACGGCGACGGCGAGGAUAUUGGAGCAAGAGACGGUGUUGGGACAGGAGAGCUCGAGAGCGGUUUUGGGCGGAUCACAACGUCGAAUCCGUCUCCGGGGAAUGAGAGGUUGAUGGGGUCAUCGCGUUCGGCAGCGUUUAAAGCGGUGGAGGAGACGAGGACGGAGGCGUCGCAGAUUGGGGAAACAUUCGCUAGCGAGUUUCAUUUCUUCCUCUCCUGCGAUCUCAAUUCUCCCGUCACUUUCUGUACCGAGAAGCUCGAUGGAAUCCUCCUUGUCGAUAAAUCUACUGAGUCGGAGGACAAAAGACCAGAGCUUUACGUCGAGUGUGCAUUGUAAAUAGAUGGAGUUCUUUUUGGUCUUCCCAUGAGAACAAGAUUGAACACUACAGGGCCAGCAUACUGCUGGAACAAACUCAUCACUCUCUGAGAUACAGAACUUGGAAAGUUUAAUCCUUCAGAGCACAAACAACUAAAGCUUGCAAGGAGCUUGGAUCGUGGCAUUAUUGACAGGGAUCUCAAACCGAGUAAUAACGAGCGGAAGUAAAU